AUGACAGACGGCGGAGAGGAAUUAUCACGCGGGAGGCUUUCAACAGAUACCAAUGUUGAUUUGAAUACAGACAUAGCACCUGCAUCGGAAUACUCCGAGUCUGCCCAGAAGAAACUAGCGGGGUCUGUUUUUUCCAGCAUGAGGAGUAGCAUGGACGGGAGCCCGAGCAUAUUGAACGCCUUCAACAUUUUAAAACAAGGAAAUGCCAUUGACGACGACAUAAGCGCAAGUUCCUCCUUUCCGCUUGGUCCCAACUCCAUUUUCGAAUUAACAAUCGGAUCAGAUGCAGCGAGGUUGAAGACAAAUAGAGGCCUAAAGAACCAAGUCACCAUAAACGGGGGGACCACAACCAUUCAUCAUUUGAUUAAGCCAUCUGUGGAUGAAAUACCUCGAAUUCUGCUACAUUCAUUGAAGAAAAAGGUGACCAAUACAGAAUUGUCAGAUGCUUUGGUCAAAGAUACCAUUAGCGAUUAUAAAAGCUUCGAGCUGGGAUACAAAGCGCUUACUGAAGAUAUGCUUUCAAAACUCUCAGAACAGCAAGACACACAGAAGGAUGAUGCUUCAGGUAGCAUCAGCUUUAUGUCCGAUAAUGACGAUGAUCUCAUUCCCCAAGUAUUUGAAGACCCGAACUUCCGAUUGGAUGAUCCAAGAAUUUUCCGCCAGGUAAUGGAAAAUACAAGACUUUUGCCGGAUCCAGAUGCACCUGAUGAGGCGAACAGCAAUAUUAUUAACGGCCCUCAAAUCCAAGAGAAAUUAUCCCACUAUUUAGACGUGGUAGAGGUUCAAUUGAUUCAUGAAAUAUCAAAGACAUCAAAUUCAUUUUUCAGCACGUUGGGAGAUAUACAAGAUAUUGAGCAAGAGUCGAAAUCAUGCAUUGACAAGUUUGCCGAAAUCAAACACAAAGUUGCAGAUAUCGAGGAAUAUCAAGCUGAGACUGGAGCAAAGAUUUUGGAUUUGAUCGACGAAAGAAAAAGUGUCAAUCACCUUGAAUCAUCUGUACUACAACUCCAAUCUGUCCUUUCGAAAUAUGCCGACGCCAUGAUUCAUCAUCGACAUAAGCAGCAUUUGAAAUGCCUUCAAGAAAUUUUGGUUAUCGAAAACCUUAUACUAGGGGUUGAACCUGAGGACUAUCAAGAUGAAGGGACAAAACAUUUAUAUCCAAAAUUUGAAUAUCCGAUGGUCAAUCUCUCCCGGCUUCCGGCACUAGAAAAGUUUCGACAAGACGUGGAAAAUCUCAAGCUGGCUUCCAAUCAGGGCUACAGUGAGGAAUUUGUACAAUUACUUGUCGAGGAUCUUCGUUCACAUUACAAAUCAAUUUCGUCAAAAGAUACGAUGAAUCGUAUUUAUGUCUCCAUAGAUCGCUCGCGCAAGUAUCAAGACAAAAACGUCAACAAGACAUUUAAUGAAAUUGAUUCACAGACAAAAAAGAAAAUCCAAAAUUUCAUUCAAAAUUUAUCAAACUCGGGUUACAUUACUACUGCGUUCACAGAAUACCAAAACAGUGUCAUAGGUGAAGUCAAGGCAAUAAUAAGACAUAAUUUGCCUUCAGGGAAACCCGAUCCUCAAACAGAUGAGCUAUCCUCGAAAGAUAAAUCUCCUUCAUUCGCCGAGAGUGAGAAAACCCAAACGGAAGGUACUCCAUCAGGCAACGCUUCAUUGUCAGAAAAUAUAAGAAAAAUGUCUCACGACCAAUUCUCACGAAUGAUGACUGCCAUCUAUUCAAACUUGUCUGAAUGUCUAAGGAGAUUGACCAUUCAUCAGAAGCUCUUACUUGAUAUGUCACUCUCGUCACUUCCACCACAAUUGUCACAGAAUAUCGAUGUCAUGUCUUUGGAUAUUACCAACUCAAUCAAUAAGGCAAUUGAGCUUACCCAAGUCAGACUUGUCAAAAUUUUGAAUGUGCGUCUGGAACAAAUAGGUGAUCUCCCUGUUAAGCAGUACUUACAUUUGUAUCUGCUUUCAUCUGCGUAUCUACUGGAAUGCGAGUCCAUUAAUCCUGUCUUUGUUGCUUCGGGUCUGGGAAGCUCCUUGACUGAGUGGGUCAGAAAUCAUGUUGGAUACUUUGUUCACAAAUUUCACUCAAACUCUGUUAGACAGGUGGCCAAUGCGUGUGAUAAAGAAACUUGGAGGGAAUGUACGACACCAGAAAAGAUAUCAAUGGGACAAGAUGUUCUUGAUACUAUUCUUGGAUACUCUGAGUACAUUAAAAGCGAUGGUCAAAGUGGCUUCAGUGGAAGCGAUUGGAUCGAAUUUUUAGACUUUUUUGAAGAUGAUUCAAUUUCCAAGGAAACAUCGAAAACGGCUAAUGAUUCAAAUAGUUCUUUGAUGUUAAAGAUCCAAGAUCUGGAGUUCUUGGUUCCAGAACUCAUAUUAACAGUUAAUGAGCACGUCCGAGACUACUUGAUCAUCAUUAAAAUUUUUCCGUCGAGGGCUGGUUCCGUUCGCGGGAAUAUGUUGACUUUCUUCAAGUUACUCAAUACCAGAGUUUCUCUGGCAAUCUUAAAUGCUGGAGCCACUCGAACUGCUGGAUUGAAGCAUAUCACCACAAAACAUCUCGCUUUAUGCAUUCAGACCAUUGCUUUUACAAUUGCGCUUUUAUCAGCUAUUCAGCCCGUUUUCGCCAAUCAUAGGCAUGAAACUGAGCUGACCAAUAGUAAUUCUGAGGAGAUAACUAUUGAAUCUGUCACCAAUCUCUACAAAAGCCACCGGCGAGAAUUGUAUGACAAAUUGGUUUCGAUUAUGCAUGACAGAACGCUAAAUCACUGUGGUGCAAUCAUGAAGCUUGACCUUUCUCAGCCAAUAAAACAUCCACAGCAGAGCCAUCCAUAUAUGGAAACGUUGGUGAAGGAAACAACCACUGUAUCUAAGGUUUUGACGAAAUACUUGCCUGAAACAGAGUACUCCUACAUCCUUCUGCAAAUAUUCAGCAACUACAAGCAGCUUCUUGUUAAAUGCUACUGUAUGGAUCUUCCUCAAUUCAAAGAUUUCUAUGAAAAACAAAGCAUUUUGAAAGACGUUGAUUACUUCCGUGUCAAACUAAGUGAUCUACCUGGAUAUGGGAACUCGGGCCAAGUUAUAUGGGAGAAUGUCAAUUCUCUUCCGACUAUUGAAGAUGCGAAGAUGGAAGAAGUAAUGAGGAUGAAUAUCGCCAACGAAAAGGCUAUCGCUUCAUCAAAGACGUCAAUGGAGGAGACUCGAAGCACACCCCAAAGCUCUGAGCCUCGUAAAAGCAGCGAUAGUCAACAGGUUGCUGAAACUGUAAUACCGGGGUUUAAAAACAAGGAAGCUUCAGAAGAGUCGGAGAAAGAAUCAACUCGACCUGUCGUGCUAGAAGAGAGUGCAUCAAAAAAGCGAAUCGAAGCUGCUGUUGAAAAACCCGAUGAGGCGAAUUCGGCGCAAACUAAACCUGAUGAUCCAAGUAUGGAAGAUUCCAAACCAGAAGAACCAAAUGCCGAGAAAUCAGAGUUUGAGGGACCAAAAGUUGAGGAACGCAAGGUCGAGGAUCAAACAUCAGAGGCACCUAUAACAGAAACUCCUAAAGAAGAAGAUUCUAAAGCCGCAGAUGCUAAAACAGAAGAUGCUAAAGCAGAAGAUGCAGAAGAUGCUAAAAGAGACGAUGUUAAAACAGAAGAUGUUAAAACAGAAGAUGUUAAAACAGAAGAUGUUAAAACAGAAGAAGCUAGCACAGAGGAUACUAAAGCAGAGGAUUCCUAA